UCAUGUUACUAUGACCUAUCCCAACUAUUAGGUACUACUGCGAUAAUUUUUAGAUGACUACAACACAAAGUGUACUAGGUGCACCUUGAGUCACACACAGUGUUAUUUAUUAGCCAUCCGUAUGACAUAGUUCUGUUUUUAUCCGUUCGUUGUACACGGUAUUUAAUUUAUUUAGUGUUUCAUUUCGCACUAAAAUUAAAUCACAUAAGUUUGAAUUCAUUUGAGUAUUGACGACCAAUAAGGUAACCAUGGACUCCAUGAUGUAGUUUGGUUUUCUUCUCAAAUCGGUUCGGUAGCUUUGGAGAUUAUCCGUCUAAUAAAAAUCGACACAGAUGACAGACAGGCGGAAGCGGGAAACCCUUUCUUCGUACUUUAGGAGUCACGAAAUAACCAGUUGCCCGAUGGCAACAACGUUUUAUGCUGAUUCACUACUUCUACAUAAUUAUAUAAUAUUAGUAUGUGUAGUAAAAAUUGUCUUGUAACGUUUAAACUAUGUGAUAUCUCUGACUAUCCGAUUGUACCUUAAUCUUUGACCCCUCUGAUUAAAUCGUAAACGCAGUUGUCAUAAACCUACAACACAACGCAGUUAAAACACAUUUGCUUUACAAUUAUUACUCGUUAAAAAUUAUCGGAAUAUCUAUAACACAAUGAAGGGACCAGUUGUAACAAUUUCAAGUGGUAAACUUCGCGGCAAAACAUGUACCAGCAUUAACAACAGUCAGUUUCUCAGUUUCCAAGGAAUUCCAUAUGCCAAACCGCCACUUGGUCGUCUCAGAUUUAAGGCACCAUUACCAGCAGAACCCUGGACUGGUAUCCGAGAUGCUACUCGUGAGGGCAGCAGUUCAAUUCAAAGAAUUCCCAUUAUUAAAAUGCUUCAAGGUGGCGAAGACUGUUUGACUCUUAAUGUCUAUACUCCACAACUACCUGAGGAAAAAAAUGAAAAAAGGGACAAGCCGGUAAUGGUGUGGAUACACGGCGGAGGUUUUGUCUCUGGUUCAGGAGGUACAGAAGUCUAUGGACCCGAAUUUUUGAUGACCGAAGACAUAGUUUUGGUUACAAUUAAUUACAGACUUGGAAUAUUCGGGUUUCUUAGCUUGGAAGAUCCUGACUUGGAUGUACCAGGCAACGCUGGUCUCAAAGAUAUUGUGAUGGCGCUUAAAUGGGUAAAAGAAAAUAUUUCCUACUUUUCUGGAAACCCAAACAACGUGACCAUUUUUGGAGAAAGUGCAGGAGCAGCUGCAUCACAUUACCUUAUUCUUUCUCCUAUGGCCAAAGGGCUUUUCCAUAAAGCUAUUCUUCAGAGUGGUUGUGCUUUAAACAUCUGGGCUAAAGGCAGAAACGUGACCAGACAGAUUGCUGAUAUUUUAGACUUACAGACUACAAACGAAAAGGAAAUUUUAAAUAUAUUGGAAACUCUACCGGUGAAAGAUCUAUACAAAGCAGCGGAGAAGAUUCCUGACCCUUUUAUUGCUUGCGUAGUUAGACCAUACGGCCCAGUUAUCGAAAAAAAAGCUGACGGAGCUUUUUUGACUGAAGAUCCACUGGAAAUUCUCAAAUCUGGCAGGUAUAAUCAUGUGCCUAUUAUUAUGGGUUACACUAACAGAGAAGGAAUGCUUGGUGAAGUUUUUCAAAAACCUAAACCUUUUAAACCCAUCACUGAUUUCGAAAAGGCCGUUCCUUAUUUUCUUGGUCUUCAACUAGGGUCAGACAGGUCAAAAUUAGUUGCUCAACAAAUUAAAGAAUUUUACUAUGGAAAUGAAAAACCGACGUCAAAAAAUAAGGAUAAAUUUUAUUUGCUGCAUAGUGACAACUUUUUCGUCAGAGAAUUGUUAUUGGCUGCUAAACUUCAUGUAGAAACAUCUACGUCUCCCGUGUUUUUGUACAGAAUGUCUAUAGACACAAGAUUAAAUAUGAUGAAAACUAUUGCUAUGAUCAAUGAACCAGGUGUUUGUCACGCAGAUGAUUUAGGUUAUCUGUUCAAAAACAUGGUGACUCCAAACAUAAAACCAGGAAGCGACGAAGAACUGGCCAUCAAAAGAUUUGUUGCGCUAUGGACAAACUUUGCAAAGUUUAAUGACCCAAAUUCUUAUGAAAACAAUUCUGUUAUCGACGUAAAUUGGAAUCCGGUUACCAAAAGUGACGUUAAUUUUCUGGAUAUUGGAAAAAAGUUAACUGUUGGGAGUAACCCGGAAGCUAACAGAAUGGUAUUUUGGAAAAACGUUUUAAAUGUAAAUUUAGUCCAUAAAUUGUGAUUGUUUAAA